AUGGGAUACCUGACUACACCAAAUGUAAAAGGAGCAUUUUCAAAUUCUUUUAUUUUUUUAUUCUAUCUACUCGUAUUACAAUAUGGAAUAGCAAUGUGCAAUAAGAGAAGUAGGUGUACAAAAACUCAACAGAGGUCUAACACGUUUAACCAUAUAUAUAGUGUAAUAAGCAAAGACAUAAAAUUAAAAAAUAAAGACGAGUACACAAAAAGGGUGAGUGAUGGAGUAAAAGUAUAUGAACAAGUUAAGAAUAAAUCGAAGGUGUACUUUUUACCCCUUAUUUUGAAAAAAAACGCAAAGGGAGAAACUGUUUUAUAUCCAAAUGAACAACAAGAUGGUGAAACAGAAAAAAAAAGGAAACUUGAGCGAGUCUCAUCGGGUGAUAAAACAGAUCAUCAUAUUGGAGGAAGCAGGGGAAGCAAAGUUAGCAAAGGAGACAAACGAAACGAACGAAACAAAGAAACUCCCUUUGAAUAUUUUGAAAAUAACUUACAUUAUGUUAAAAAUAGUAUAGAAAAGCUUGCCUAUCAUAUUGAGCAAUCAGACUUCACUGUCGUCCCGAUUAAUUAUAACGAUAUUUUGAACAACCAUCUACUCGACAUCAACUCGUUUGGUAGUUUUGUAAAUGUUUUGGACUUCAUAUUCUACAUAGGUAAGGAAAGAAGUCGUAACUACAGUGUAGUAUUUUUAAUAUACAACUAUCGCAAUAAUGAGGAAAGAAGUACCAGUGGUGAUGGAAACAAUGAUGAAAGCACUGAUGAGCCCAGAAAUUCGUCAAAAGAGAAGACAGAAAUAGUUAAUGUAAUGAAAGACUUUAUGAAAAGGCACUGGAAGUACAAAUAUGAGUUGUAUAUGAAAGAGAAUUACUUAUUCCUUUUCGAAAAAAAAAAUGAUCUGGACAUACAAAAAAUUAAUGAAGAGGUCAUCUUAAACAGAAAGAGAUAUUAUACUAAAAACGAGAAAGAGAAAGAGGAAGAGAAAGAGGAAGUAAAUGAGAUCGAGAACGAGAAUAAUCAGGAAAAUGAAAAACAAUGUAGACACCUCAAUAAGGAGCAAAAUAUGAGCAUUUUUUGUUUUUUUAAAAAUUACAAACCGAGUACACUAAAAAAUUUGUCAUAUGAUGAUUAUUUUUUAUAUAAUUUUUUUUCAAAUUUAAAAAUUGAAGUGUUACAAGAGUAUUUAAAGCUUAGUAGUAAUAUUCAAAUAAACAAUAUUAUCACAGAUAUGAACAAGAUGAAUGUUAACGAAACAACAGACGAAAUUGAAAAAUUACUAAAACGAUUUAUGAACAUCCAGCUAAAUAAAAAAGUCAUAACAAACUCUAAAAGAAUAGAAGAAAUAAAAAAAAAACAUCAAUCAUAUUUACUUCAUAUUAUUUUAUCAGACAUACUUGAAAAAUAUGAACAUAACAUGGACAUCUUAAAAAGUUAUCUUUACCAAGUAUAUAAGGAAAAUAUAAAAAAAAUUAAAAUAACUCCAAAUUUAAUUAAUGAUUUUAAAAAAGAAAUAAAUUAUGUCGAUAAUUUAUUUGAAGAUUAUAAUGACAAAAUGUCGUUUCGCAGUUAUUUUAAAAUGAAAAAUCAGAUUUUUGAAAAAAGAGCAUAUUACAUUUAUUUCUAUAAUAAAACGAAUUUUCUUCAAAUAUUAAACGAAACGGCUAGUCAAAUUAUUAACUACUAUAUAACCAAAGGAUUAUAUGUUCGCAAUUAUGAUUUCAGUUCAGUUCUGUUUGCAAAGAGAUAUUCCUUCUUCAACUACUUUGUUGAAUAUAUAUCAUCCAUCUUCAAAAAUAAAAUAAAUUUCACUUUUAAUUACCUUUCUCCAAAUGCAUUCGGCUUUUCUUCAUACAAGGACGAUAUAUCCCUAUCACCAAAAAAGGAUGUUAUGAUCACCAGCAGUGAAAUGGAUCAAGUCGAAAAAAUAAGUAUACCCAGUAGCUCCUACUCAAAAAUUCUACUAUCAAUGGAAACGCACAAGAAUUAA